CAUAUGUUGUAUGGUUUGAGACACUGUCUUACAACGCAAAAGAAAUAUAACGUUAAUAGGGAUACACUUACAGCAAGGCGCCCUGGUUGUUAUCUGUAAUGUAUAUGUGUACACUCAAAUAUUUAAUUUGUUUACUAGAGCCGACUGGUGCGGCGUUUUGCUCUAACCGAAGGGUGCAUUUAAGUUAGAGGUGCGCGGCAAACACUUACCUGCGCUUUAAUACCUGACGUUCACCCAACCAUUUUUACGAAUCUCAUAUUUUCAAACUGUGGCAUGCUGCACGACAACGAGGAAAGGCCUCAAAUUCAUAUAAAACACAGCUGCGUCGCCGACGAACAUACAAUGGACAAGUCGGAUGCGUGCUCGAUGUCCUCACUCUCAAGUGAAAGUGAUCUCUCUCUGGCCUUUGAACGUGACUUGAACGAGCCAACCGACUAUGAUGAGCUGCCAGCCUUCGAAAUACGAGCCUUUUCCCCACAAGCGCGAACACCUUCGCCUAUCGACAACGAUUUAUUUGGGGCGGACGUGGAGACGCCAAAGCAACAAAAGGUGCAUCGGCAGCAGGGUAGUCCCGGCAGAGAAAAUAAUCCCGAGUUUGUGGCCCUACACGAAAUUAACGCAAAAAUAAGCCCGCCCAGCGAUAGCACGGAAGACUCCAUGGUCGCGUUUAGUCGCAGCAAUAGUCUGGAGACAAUUUUCGAAGGUAUUGUGCUACACACCCCGCCGCGCGAGAAGGUAAACAACGGAACCCCGCGUUGUACACCAAACCGCAAUCGCGCAAAUAUCUUGGAGAUGGUAGCCAUUAAUCGCAUACAAGGCGGGAAGGAGGAUCAAUUCCCAACCGGCCGUGUAAUUUCACCACGCAAGGAAAGCGCGCAAGACCACGAUCAAAAUCAGCAGGGCGAACUCACUUAGCGUUCAACGAAAACCAACCAAAGUUUUAUACAACUUAGACUGCCCGAUAUUAGUCUGUAACUAAAACAUGAUCCUACAGUAUAUUUUACACGUUGUUUGUGUAUUUAUGUUUUAACGAA